AGCUCCCGGACACAAACCAAGGAUCGGGCCCCUGGGGCCCCGCCCCGGGUGCGCGCCCCAAACGCCCGGGCCGGCGCUGGAUGGAUCUGAACCUCUACCUGGGCCUACCUCCGUUGCCGCGGCCUCCAGGCCGCCUGGGCGCAGCUAUGGAUUGCCCGCCGCCGGCGCCGGAGGCUCCACGACGGGACGACGAGCCAGCGGCAGGAUCGCCUGCACCAGGAUCGCCGGCACCAGAGGAGAUGCCGCCGCCGCCGCCGCUGCCCGCGGCAUACUCGCCGCCGUCCAACGCGCUCUCCACGCCGGAGAUGCCGCCGAUCGACCCCAUCCUCGUCGACUGGCUCGACGGCCCGAGCACAGACGACAGCGAGGAUUACGCUGGUGACCCCGCCGUGCCUACCGAUUUAUCCUCGGAUGAUGAUGGCCUCGGUACGGGCAGCGAGGAUGCUCUCGGUGCUGCUCAACCGGCCGCUCUGCCUUCUUAUGAUGCGUCCUCCUCGGACGAUGAUGGCCUGAGCACGGACAGCGAGUACUACGUGCUGCUGCCGGACUUGGUCAUUCCGGAAAUCUCAACGGAGGACGAUGAGCCAGCGGGAUUGCUGGCGGCACAAGAGGAGAUGCUGCCGCUGGACGAGGUAGACUCGCCGGAUGCGGCGGGUUCAUGGGGGGUAGAUUUUCCUAUGAUCUUUGCUCAGUCUGAUGGCCUGAGUGCGGACAGCGAAGAGGCUCUUGGUUCACCGGCUGUGGGGUUCGAUGCAUCGUCACAUGAUGCUAAUGCCUCUCCACCACCGCCGCAGCAGCUGCCCCUUGCUGGGUUGGAAGGAGUUCGGCUCGAGUGGGUGGAAAGGCUCUCACGGCCUGAUCGGGCCGCCAGAGCGGAGAUGGUCAGCACGAGGCAGUCUGUCGGGGGUGCGAUUGAGGACACGACGCAUGAGCUCCGCCUGCAGAGGGUGAUCCAGGUGAGUGAACAACACCACAUUGUGCGGGCAGGGCCAGCGAGCCGCAACCAGCGGGCGACCAGUCCGGAUGCCGAAAGGCUGGCGCAGGCCAUCCAGCGGUCGCAUAACUCUCUGGAUGCAUCGAGGCGGCAGAACCUCGAUGCUAAUGGCAAGAUGGGAGGAAAGGGUGCUGUCAAGAACGAUGGGAACUACUGCGGAUGCGACGCCAGUUUCGAGUGCAAUAUCUGUCUCGAUGCAGCUAAGGAACCCGUGGUUACACCGUGUGGCCACCUCUUCUGCUGGCCGUGCUUGUAUCAGUGGCUCCAUGCACAUUCAACCCACUCGGAGUGCCCUGUCUGCAAGGGGGAGGUGCUCGAGGUAAACGUCACACCGAUUUAUGGAAGAGGAGGCGGCGAACGGGACGCUUCCAGCAGUGAUGUCCCUCCCAGGCCGAGCGCCAACAGGAGCGAGAGCUUGAGGCAGGAGCUGCAGAUGCCAGAUCCGGGAGGCAUUGCGACCAUGGUGAGGCAGUUGAUAGAAAACCCGGAUCAGUUGGGAGGCCAGGCAGCUCCACCUGUAGGCGAUGUUGAGGUGGCCGUGUUUUCUGAAGGCGGGACAAGGGUUGCCACGACUGUGCGUCGGAGAGCUUCACCUAGUCUUGCUUCACCCUCCCCAUUAACAAUGCGGCAUGUGCGGCGCAACGCUGCCCCUGAGAGUGGCAAUCCGGUCGAACUGCCGUCUUCCAAUUCUGAUAAUGCUGCAACAACAGUUCCUCAGCAGUCGUCGUCUGUGGAGCAGGCGUCGACAUCUAGCACGGUAGCUGUUAUAGUGGGGCAGGCAGCCCAAAGUAGGAGGUCCAGGCCGCCUUCGGAGUCCACAACCACAAGAAGAAUGAGGAGGAGGCAACAGCACUAGGUAUAUAUGGUGCCUGCCAUUUUGUCCAAUAAAACCUAUGUAUCAUGCCCUGUUUUUACCAUUGUUAGCUCCAAAGACAUGUCAAGAUUACGUAAGGUAGGACCGUAGGAAUGUGUAUAUUCUGCUUUGCUCAUGUAUGUACCUCCUUCAUGGGAAAAGAAAUCGAACACAGUUUCGGUAUCUUUGUUACCAUGUAUGCAGGAAUAAAUUUCCCAACUGUCGUGUCUGUUUGUUCACGGUGUAGUAUUGAGUGUUGUCACUGUACUGUGUAUACCCUUGUGUUUCAUGGUACUGAAGCUCAAAAUUUGGAGGUGUGCAUUCACUUGCUCGCCUGUUAAGACUGAUGAAGUUAAGCAACAGAUGGACCGUUCUUUCCUA